UGAUCAAUUGAAAGCUAUUUUCCGAUUGGCUUCCGAAACUCCACUGACUUCGUGGCGCUUUCGUAGAAAUGUUGUCAGUGGCAACAGUGAGCUAGCCCCAGUGAACUCAGAGGAACUGAAUUGAUCGUCCAAAUCUACUGGAAAAUCGCAAGGUUUUCUUUGAAAAUUAAUAAAGCCUUAUAUUGGAGGGAAUGUCUACACAUUUCAGUGCCAAUCAGUACGAGAAGUCAUUUGAUGCUAAAAGACUUCAAAAUUGGGAAGUCCCCAAGCACUUCAAAGAGCACCCCUCUAGCCUUGAAGGCUUUACUCAGAUCAUCAGCAAUGACCGGGGCCACAUCCUAGAAGGAAUUCCAAGGUCCUCUAGGUCCCCAUGGGGCGAGUUUGUUGGCACAUGGGACAUGACAAAGCCACCACUGAGGACAAAAACCCUCAAAACUAAGGCAAUGACUGAGAAUGCACAACAAAAAAGAAAAAGUGCAAGUCCAAAACAAGAGGUUGCUAGAACUCCUAGCCCUGCUAAAGCCAGUCCACGAAGAGAUAGUCCAGUACAGGCUAGCCCAAGAAAUGCUAGCCCUCUCCAGGGCAGCCCGAAAAAAGCCAGUGCAGAAAAAGUGCGCACCCCUUCACCUAAAGCUGCUUCGGUGUCUCCUGUUGCCAAUAAGAGCCCAUCCCCCAAACUUGCAACGCCAGAACCUUGCUAAAAGUACCUAAUACAUCACUUCAUUGUCAUUCAUUUCUUAUCUUAUUGGGUCCAAAAGUGUUUUCCUAAACACUUGAGAACAUUUGUAGUAUAGAUUUAUUCAGAUAAUCAUCCAUUUACAGAUUUUCAUACAUCAAUAAAAACAUUUUGCUGAUCGUG